AAAUAAAAAAGGUGUUUUUUACUACCUCAUUCUUGACUGCUCCACACGACUUCAACAAAUUAUGAAACAACAGGUUGCACACAGUGUUGCUUCUGUUUAUCCACUGGUACGGUUUCCUCAAGGCCCUGUGUUAGGACCUGUUGUAUUAUUGAUUUAUAUAAAUGACAUUUUGGUAAUUAGAAUAAAAAGUGCAUUGACAGUUUAAUCCCCAAGCCCAAAAUAUGAAUAAUCUUUAGGGAAGUACCCCUCAGUUACAUUGACAAAAAAUACUCAUAAGGUCGGAUACCCAAGUAACAUGUAACAAUAUUACAUCCAAAAUCAAAAUAGACGGUGAAUGCAUCCAAAACCUGGGAAACAACUAUCUUGGGUACUAAGACACAAAGGAAUUUUGGGAACUGAAAAGGAAGACAAGAGGAUCUGCAAGAUCACACAUAGACCUUAAACCUAUACCGUAGGGUAUACAAUGAGGAAGAAGAAACUGCCACCCACAUCUUCGAUGCGAACCAACUACUCAAUGCAGCAAUGACCUGGGAUUCAAAGAAAACCCAGGAAAUUGUAGCAACAGCAGUCAAUGACCUAGUAUUUCUUAAGACAAAGAUCGAUGCAGGUGCAGGUCAAUUGCAUUAAACACUAGGAAAAGUACAGCCAGAAAGCUUGGGGACGUAAAACCCCUACUUCUAAAUUCUUCAUCAUCCUAUUAUUAUUUUUUUAUAGAUGAUCUUUAGCUCGUGAUUCGGGUAGUAAGUGGAUACUCUUAUCAAGGCUUUCCUAUCCCCCUUCAAAGAAAUUGUGUCCUUGUGAGGUAUUGUGAAUAAUAUCUGUUGACCUUAAUAAGCCAAAUGUCAGGGUUUUUCUGAAGGGGUAGGUUGAGCACAAAAGAGGGUACAUUGAACAAAAAUCCUCAUAAGAACGGAUAGCCAAGUAGCUAUUAAAGCAUUAGCACACAAAAAAUCACAUCAAAAACCUAGGCAACACAACUAUUUUAGGUACCAGGAUACAAAGAAAAUUUAGGUAAUGAAAAGGCAGGCAAACUGGCCAGAGAAUGAUAUGCAAGAUCAUGCAUAGACGCUGAAACUAUUCUUGAAAUAACCAUAUGAACCAACCACUCAAUGCAGCCAUAACUGCCUUUCAAAGAAAACCCAAGAAAUUGUAGCAACAGCAGUCAAUGACCUAGUAAUUCUUAAGAGAAGGAUCGAUGCAGGUGCAGGUCAAUUGCACCGAACAUUAGGAAAAGUAUAGCCAGAAAGCUUGGGAAACAAAAACCCCAACUUCAAAGUAUAUUCAUAAUCAUCCUAUUAUAUUUUUCUUGUUUUAGACUAUCUUUAGCUCUUAAUUCGAGUAGUGCAGUAGUAGAUACUCUUAUCACAUCUUUCCUAUCCCCCUCCAAAGAAAUUGUGUCCUUGUGAGGUAUGUGAACAAUAUCACGUAACCUUAAUAAGCCAAAAGUUAGGGUUUUUCUGAAGCUGAAAAUGGUUCGUUAAGGUUAUAACGAAUACUUGAGUGUUUUAUUAAAUUCCUGUUUUCCCUCAAUAAUCACCUCAAACGGUAGCAAAGUUUAACGCUUUGGUCACUGCUUAAUUCUUUACGAAGUACCGAGCUUUGUUUUGUAAUGCUGGUCAAAUUGUAAACUUUUCAACACGUCGACUCCGUCGAAAAACCGCUGAGAUUUUUUUUAUCAGAUUCCCCUGGAAGUUCUAUUUUAUAAAAAGUCACUUACUAUCAAGAACUCACUUUUUAGCAAUGCUAAAAAAUUACUAAAAAUGUUAGUAAUGUAAAUGUGAGGAAGACGUGAACGAUCAGUAUUGACCCCUUGUCUUUUACUACUUCUUUCUUUUUCUCUUUCUUUACUUUCAGAUUGAAAAUUUCAUAUUAUACAUUAUUUCUGCCAGUGUAUAAAGUCUCUUGAUGAGCCUUGAUGUAAAAUGCUAUGUAAAAAUAAGAUUCUUUGAAUCAACUUUAUACCUAUAUAUCUGGGAAUGUUAAAACAUGUUAGCUGUAUAAUGAAAACUUCAACUUCUUCUUGUUCGAGCUAUGAUUAUCCUAGGGAGUGAAUCACCUCGUCUGUAACCGUUGACGAAGUCCCCAACCACCCCAGGCCGGAAAUAAGCAGAAGCCCUACUUAGUUACGAUCAUAACAUGUCACGGUUGAUGAUAAAUGAACCCAUGCGCACUUUGUUUAUAAGUCCCUCCACUGGCAUAAAGGGCUCAAACGUGCACGGUCAACUAUCGAGAAUUUCACAGUUCAAUUUAUUUAUAAUAUGAAGGGAAGCAAGGCAGACCAAUUAAACACAGACAUUGGGACAUCAGUUUUGACCAAAAUCUCUUCCUCGAUGAAAGACGAAUGUUUGGACAAUUUAAUGGUGACGAAUCAAAGGGUGGAAUUCCAAAGGAAUGAAAAGCUAAAGCGAUAUUUUCAAAAAGCGAGUAGCAUCCUUCAGUCGAUUAAAAGCCAGCAGGAGGAAAUGAAUGAUGCCGAACAGCUAAAGUCAGCCGAUUUAAUCUUGCUUCAACUAAGGCUGAGAAAUAUGGAGCAUAAAAUUAAACAGUUGCAAAGUAGUUUGAAAAUAAAAAUUACCCGUUUGGCUCAAGAGGAGCAAACGUUGCUUUCUUCCUUUCGUAAUAUUUGCAAGGAAAUUGCUCUGGAAGAAAUUGCAGAUAUUGACCUAUUAACAGAGCAGGCCAGCGAUCCACGGGCAAACGAAAACGCCGUUUUGCCAGUGGCUAUCCAUAAAAUUUCAGGAUCGGAGACCAAAAGAUGGACAGAAGGAGGAAACAACCACAAGAUCAUAGAACAGCUCGUCCAAGAAAUUCAAUCUUUCAAACAAGAUGUACGAUUAUCUGCGAAUAAAGUAUAA